CACAAACUCACGUUGAUCAUCUAGUACAUUCAUCGAGUAGUCGCCCGUACCAAAUCUGCAGAUUUAGCUCGCGAACUGCGGAGCCGCGGGUCUCCGGACGCGCGCAACAUAACCGCUAUAUUCAAUUGACUACAGCUAGCGGACAUGCUUUCAUGACCGUAUAACUAGUCCUGGCACAAUCGCAUUGCCCUCAGCAUGCCCGCCUUACCGAGUGUCGUGGCUAUUAUUUGCCUCGGCCUAGCAGCUGCCGUCCUGUCAUACGUUCUGCACACACCGCGGCGCGGGUCCUUACCUCCCGGACCCCCGCGCGUCCCUCUCCUUGGCAAUGCACAUCAAUUGCCGCAGAGCGACCAGCACCUUACAUUCACGAAGUGGGCUGCCCAGUAUGGGGAUGUCGUCUACGUCGAAAUAUUUACGCGACCCACGAUCAUCCUCAACUCCGCCAAGGCUGCGAUUGACCUCAUGGACAAGCGCGGGGCGAUAUACUCCGAUCGACCGCGUUUUGUGUGGUUCCACGAGCUGAUUGGAUGGACCUCCAACACUUCGCUUUGCGGGUAUAACGAGACAUGGCGACGUAUGCGAAAAUGGUUCCAACACGCGUUUAUCGCCAGGUCCGCCGUGGACAGCUACCAUCCGGUGCAGCGCCGCGAAGCACGCCGAUUGUUGCUGAACCUCCUACACCACCCGGACGACUUUGUAUAUCAGAUCAAACGGUAUACGGCCGGAAUCAUUUUCGAGAUUGGCUAUGGACAUGAUAUCACGUCGUUGGACGGCGACAAGCUCUUGCAGCUGACGGAACGCGGUAUCAGAGCUGCGCUUGUUGGAAGUAGUAUUGGGUCGGCAAUGGUGGACUUCUUCCCAGUCUUGCGAUACCUCCCUGCAUGGCUACCCGGAAUGAGCUUCAAGUACGCAGCUAUAAAAGCUCGGAAAGGCGUCGAGGACAUGGAGAUGACACUAUACAAUACCGUCAACGAAAAAAUCGUGGCCGGUAUCGCUCGGCCUUCGUUCGCUGCAGUCAUGAUAGAAGAAUGCUCGCGAAAAGGGGACCUGACAGCAAAAGACGAAGACGAUAUCAAGGGUACCUUGGGCACACUUUAUCAGGCGGGCACCGACUCGUCCUUGACGACCCUGAUCGUCUUUGUCCUUGUGAUGGUGCAGUAUCCCGACGUCUUCAGGAAAGCCCAGGAAGAGAUGAUCCGCGUAGUCGGCGACUCAAGGCUCCCGGACUUUGAUGGCCGAGCAUCACUGCCGUAUCUCGAGUGCGUGCUCAUGGAAGUAUACAGAUGGUGCCCUAUAGGUCCCCUUUCUAUUCCCCAUCGACUGACAGAAGACGAUGCGUACCGGGGUUACUACCUACCCAAGGGUUCAAUGGUAAUCUCAAACAUCUGGGCGAUGUGCCGAGAUCCUGAGGUAUAUCCAGAGUCGGACGUCUUCAAGCCAGAGCGAUUCCUCGGAUUGAAAUCGGGCGAGGAUCCCAACCUCAUAGAUCCUAAGAAAAUAGUGUUUGGCUUCGGCCGGAGGUGCGGGAAAUACUUUGCUGACGAUACUAUGUGGCUCGGGAUUGCCAGCAUUGUAACGACCAUGGACAUAACCAAGGCGCGGGAUGCCCGUGGCCAGGAGAUAACCCCCACACCGGUGUACAUCUCUGGGACUACCAUGUGUCCCGAACCUUUUGUCUGCGACAUCCAUCCUCGAUCUGACCGGACUCGGCAACUUAUCAUCGACAACGUCACAGAGCCGUGAUAGACGAGACACUCUUCAAGUCGGUGAUCGUGCUGUACGACGCCGUGCCAGUGCGCAGCUGUUCUACAUCAGCUAGGGGCACGCUCGCCGGGUAUGUCCAAGGAGCUCGACUUAUGAUAUUAAAAGCAGGAUACCGAGAUGUUCUAUACAUACCUGUAAGAUGCAAGGACCGGAGUAGAAUCCCAGUUCUCGCAGACCUGGUGCGAAGGGCGGUC